AUGGCAGCAGAAAUCGUCAUCCCAGUUUCAUACGUGACCUCCGCAGAGAGCGAGAUCCGAGUCACCAACUACCCGGAAGCUGCCGGAGGCGUGACACCUAUCCUCAUUGCUACGCUGAACCGCCCGAAAAAGCUCAAUGCCAUUACUGGGGGCAUGAUCACAGACCUAAUCGACUUGUUUGAGGCGGUCAACGUCGAUGAUCGUGUCAAGGCCGUUGUUGUGACCGGCGCUGGCAAGGCGUUCAGCGCAGGCAUCGACCUCAGCAUGGACACGAGCGGCCUCAACGACGGGGCUGUCGGCGAGAUGAGAGACCCGGGCGGUACGCUGGCACUGGCCAUGUUCAACUGCAGCAAGCCUGUCAUUGUCGCGUACAACGGCCUCUCGGUGGGCAUUGGCAUGACGUCUACCCUUGCGGCGGCAAUUCGAAUUGCCCCUCGUACCGGCGCAGAGUUUGGCUUUCCAUUCGCCCGCAUCGGUCUGACAAUGGAGUCGUGCAGCUCCUUUUUCCUGCCGCGCAUGGUAGGCUACAGCAACGCCACCUAUCUCCUGACGACCGGGAAGCGAUAUCCAGCCGACUCUUCCGUGCUGAGCGGCGUCUUUGCCGAGCUGGUCGACACGCCCCAGGACGUGCUGCCGCGGGCCCUUGCGCUGGCCGAGGACAUCAUCACCAACGUGAGCCCCAUGGCUGCGUAUCUGAACCGGCAGCUGAUCUGGCGCAACGCCGGAUCGGCUGAAGGAGCACACUUGGUGGACAGCCCGCUGCUCUAUGACAUGUUUGCAGGAAGGUACGUCUCUUUGCCGUUGGCCUUUCUUCUUGGAAUACUGCGGCAGUCGACGUUUGCUGAAAAUUGCUUACACAAACUUAGUGAUCAUCUGGCAUUCAAGUCGUCGUUUUUUAAUAAGCGCAAGCCGGAAUAUAGUGCGACGCUGGCCAAAGAUGCCCCGAGGACGUAUCCAUGGUGGAAAGAACUCUCGAUUCGGCUACAGCCCAAAGCCAAGGUUGAGGACAAGAAUAACAGUAGACUCUGA